AUGACAAUGACGCGUCAAGGUUGCGAGCGUGAACCAAAGUUUCGAGAUUUAAAACACACUGAAGGAAAAGUCAUAUUAUCCUGUCCAAGCACAUCUAAUGGAUCCCCAUCUUGUGGUUUAUCAUAUUCUGCAGAUAAUCUUUGUGAUGAAAUCACUUCAGAAAUAUCUGUUCGAAAAUUCAUCAAUGGUCUAAAGAAAAUGGAGAACGAUGAAAGCGAAUUAAAUUUUAAAACUGUGCUAAGUCAACGAAGGCCUACUUUAACUAACGAUCCAACACUACUGUCCUCACUUCUGAAAAAGAAUGAGGCUUUGUUAAAAGAAAAUACCGAGUAUAAAUCAGUGAUUGAAAGACAAACUUUACAAAUUGAACUACUGGAAAGUAAACUCAAAAUACUCCGUGCUGACGAGAGAAAAAAUAAUAUUGAAGAAACCGAUCAGAAAACUAUAGAAAGACUGCAGAAAUAUUGCGAAGAGUUACAAGGACAAAUUCUUGAAAUGAAGGAAUUUUUUCAUGACCAUGGUCUCAUGUGGAUAGGAAGACAAUCAACUGGUCAUGUAAUCAGUACAAGAAAUGAAACUGGUCUAAAAUUCAACGAAACAACCUUCAGUCGCUUAGUUCAACAGAUUUAUUUAUUAAAUGAUUGGAACAACGACGCGCACAAUGAGAAAAAAUUUAUUUCAGAAUCCAAUUCAUCUAAUAUAGUUUGCCUACAAAAUCAAUCACCGAUUCCACUAACUCUAUAUGCAGAUGGAUUAUGCUUUAAUUCUGGACCAUUUCGUCCUUAUAAAAAUCAUGAUACGCUACAAUUCGUCCAAGAUAUACUGGACGGUUACUUUCCAUCAGAAUUACAAUCUUCUUAUCCAAAUGGGGUUCAAUUCAAACUAAUCGAUAAACACACAACUCAUUUUAUGUUAUUAAAAAAACCAACAUCAUUUUCAGCCUGUGGUUAUAAACUCGGGAGUUCUUUAACAAAUGAACAAGAUGUAGGUCAGGAAGUUUCCUUCAGUAAUGAGAAACACAUACCAAACAAUGAUAAAAACGAAGAAUUCAGUAUUGAACAAAUUGAAAAUCAAAUGAAAGCAGAAUGUAAUGCCUCAUCCAAUAAACUAAUUUCAAACACAUUAAGUACUAAUGGGCGAAAUAAAUCUUUAACUUUUGAUGAAUUGCUAAAACGUUUACCGGAGUAUAAAUUAACAAAAUCUGGUCAGCUGUCAAAUGUUAGAAAAGACAUAAAAAGUGAAUUUGGUGAACAAAUUAAUGUUCCGUCAACUAGAAUAAUUAAAACUGAUUACAUAUUUAAAAAUAACACAAUAGACAAGAAUCAAUUAAAAUCAGAACUUAUAACAUUAAGGAUUUAUUCGGAAAAUGGUUUGCAAAUUUACAAUGUUGAAAUGCAUCCAGAAGAUACAAUAGGAGAGUUAUAUGCAACGUUAGAUCAUGCUAGAUCGAAAACAUUAUCAAAAACCAACAGAAAUUAUCGUCUUGUAGCUAUGUCUUUACUAAACACUAUUGAAAAUCCCAAUGAACUAUGCAAUCACCAAAUGUUAGUUGAUCUUUCUGCAACAUUGGUUGCGUGUGGCAUAGUAGAUCGUACGACGCUUCGUAUGGAACUAAUUCCACAAGAAUUGACGAAAAAUCAAUUACAGUUUGAUGUUAAUAAUGCUUUGUCAGCUAAACGGCUAAACUUAUGGAGUCAGAACGAAUCAAUAACACCAAAUAGUACAUUGAAAACUGGGUUGAAUAUUGGAUAUUUGUCACAACUUUUACAACUAGAGAAGGCAGAAAUAUUUAGAGACAAAAUGGAAGCUGUAUGGACACGAGAAAAUAUACGUUCAUUACAAAAUUUACUUAGGGAUCCCGAGUUGGAAGAUAAUAGUGAUCAGGAUGACGUAAUAACUCCAAUGUCUAAAAUGAAACCGGGCGAUAUUGGUCCCAAGUGUCGUUCUAAAGUCAAGAAAGAAAAACCUAAUGUGAAACAAAAGAAUCCUGAUGAUAUAUGGGAUAUUGAUGAAAUACCAGAAGGUACACAGCAUGAAGAUAUAUAUGAUCCGCGCCCUCAGCCCAAAUAUGAAAUAGUGUAUCAGCAAGCAGUAACAGCUGAAGAUGUCUAUUUACAACUUGGUAGAAAAAAUCCAACGACAGCUUGUUGUGAAUACAUGAUUGUCAAAGUAAUACUUCCAGAUACGCGACUGUCUGACAUUAUUCUAGACGUCAAAGAAACAUUUCUUGAUCUGAGAGCACCUAAGUAUAAGCUUGUAUUAUAUCUACCAAAUCCUGUUGAACCAGAUUCAAGUAAAGCAGCUUGGAAUGAAGAUAAAGAAACACUAGAAAUAACAAUGAAAAACAAAAGAGAGUAUGAUUUUAUAAAUGAAUAA